AUGCAAAAGGUGCAAGGACCGCCGCACCAGAUUGCUCUCCCUCCGCCGUAUGACAAGAUCCCCCCGGCUUUCCAAACCAAUGUCGCGAUCUCCGAUAUUCGCGAUGACAGUCAAAAAGAGGCUGAGUAUCGCGAAAAUUUCGCCGACUAUGUGGUUUUCCGCUUCGAGAAACUCAAUGAUCCGGGAGACGUUGAUGAGGGAGGUAACCGUAGAAAGCCCAACUGGGAAAAGGCAACUAGGAUCAAAGUUGAAAUGUCAAAGGAGGCCGCUGCGGGCGAAAUCUUCCGAUUGAAGAAUAAACACCGCCAGUUCUGGGAGAAAAAGCACGCCCUAGAGCCAGCCCAACGACUGCAACUCGACCAGACCCUGCAGCUGCUCCAGAAAGGUGAACAAGACCAGCGAUUUUACUACGAGCUGGUCCAGAUCAAGGAACUCGUCGACAAGCGCACCGCUGAGACCCGCCAUCAUUCAAAGCAUUCAAGGGAUUACAGAGAUGGACGCAAGAGUGCCACCACAAGAUCCAAGGCCACGGAUUCCCAGGACAGUCGAGGAAGAGGUCCGGGAGAACAACGCAAGCGGGAGCAGCUAUCCAUUACUGCCUUCUAUAAGCGACUUCUUCGACCCGACGUGAAUGCCAUCGAUAUGAUGAUGAUGCAGCAGAACCCGCCAACACAGCGUCCACAUGCCCACGAGGCAACGAUGUUCCUGCCGCAGGGUCUUUAUGCCCAGCAGCAAGCCCAAGCUCAAGCGCAACGUGGCCCGCCUGGAACACGUAUACAUCCGCAGGCGUUGGCUCAACCUCAGCACCAGCGCGUAGAGACACAGGCACAACGGCAGGCACCGCCGCUGGGGCCAGGGCAAGGUCAAGUGAGAGACCAGGGCCAACAACCAAAUGCUCCGCCUAGGCCGCUCAUGGCACAGCAUGGUGGCGUGCAGCAGCAAAGUCAGCACAACGGGCCUUCUACUAAACUUUCACCUCAGACUCAGAGCCAAAAUGGGCAGGCUCGGCAACCCCGGCAACAGGGUAUGGCGCAGAAAAAGCCCAAUAACAGCGUCAACAUGCGCGAUUCCAGUGGCAACCGAGCGUCCGGAACGGAUCAUCGAUGCCGUCGAGCUGAAAAACAUUCAAGGUCUCCUUCAACAUCAUCUUCGUUCUCGAGUAGCUCCAGUGAGGGAUCCCGGUAUGCCCCCAUAGCAUCAUCUCUCUCCGGCGAGUCGCGACACACAGGUCGUGGGCGCCAAAGAAGUCGCAGCCGAGGGCGCCGAGGGCGUCGAAGCCGCACCCGAAGCCAAAGCCUAGAACAAGGACAUGCCGUGGACGGCGUUGGUUAUGCGCAUCGGGUGAUCGGUGCAUCUGGAAGACGACCAGCUUUCAUUCGAUCAGGCGUACGCGUAGUCGAGCCUAGAGAUAUCACGCGACGUCGAACGAUGGAAGAAGAGCUCGAUCGAUUAAAUCAUUUGCGGAUCGAAAAUGAUAUGAGGCUCGACGGCGGCCUUGAGUUUGCGAAUGGGCCUCAGUUCAACGAGAGAGUGCAAUACGAUAGGAGGCAAUACUUUGAUGGGGAGGCGGCUUUCGUGAGAGAUGUGGAACGUGAUGAACUGAGGCGGCAGAUGACGCUAGAACAGCAACUCUGGCCCCAGCAAGAGGUGGAUUAUGAUAUUGUGGCCCCGGUGGUGGAGGGGGGGAGGAUGCGACAGGGCCGUGUGCCUCCGGAGUACAUGGUGUACAGAUCAAGAUCCCCUAGCGACGCAUAUUUUGAGAAUCCAUUUUGGCCGAUGAAGAGCGUCGGGGCGAAUACCUCGAGGCCCAUGGAGGCGCGGGGGGCAUUCUCCUAUGGCAACGCGGCCUAUGACGGUCGCACUUCUAUAGUCGGUUGCCGGAGCAGUCAUUAA